GGUGGCGGAAGAAGCUGGCCGCUGGGGACGGGGGGGGCAAGAUGGCGGCGGUGCUGGAGGUGGAGGUUGGGGGUCCCGUCGAGCGCGAUGUGGAGGAGGUUGAUCUUUCACACUUGUCCCCAGAAGAGAGAUGGAGGGUGGAGCAUGCACGAAUGCAUGCCAAGCACCGUGGUCACGAGGCUAUGCAUGCCGAAAUGGUCCUCAUCCUUAUUGCCACGCUGGUGGUGGCACAGCUCCUGUUGGUUCAGUGGAAGCAGAGGCACCCUCGCUCCUACAACAUGGUGACCCUCUUCCAGAUGUGGGUAGUGCCUCUGUAUUUCACGAUCAAGCUGUAUUGGUGGCGGUUCCUGGUAAUCUGGGUGCUAUUCUCAGCAGUCACAGCUUUUGUCACCUUCAGGGCAACUCGAAAACCUCUGGUACAGACAACACCCAGGCUGGUUUAUAAAUGGUUUCUACUAAUAUACAAGAUCAGCUAUGCCACUGGAAUUGUAGGGUACAUGGCUGUGAUGUUUACGCUUUUUGGUCUUAACUUAUUGUUCAGAAUCAAACCAGAAGAUGCGAUGGACUUUGGCAUCUCCCUCCUCUUUUAUGGUCUUUACUACGGGGUUCUGGAGCGGGACUUUGCUGAGAUGUGUGCAGAUUACAUGGCCUCAACGAUCGGGUUCUACAGUGCCUCGGGGAUGCCCACCAAGCACCUCUCUGACAGCGUCUGCGCUGUCUGCGGCCAGCAGAUCUUCGUGGAUGUCAAUGAGGAGGGGAUCAUCGAGAACACCUACCGCCUUUCCUGCAACCACGUGUUUCACGAAUUCUGCAUCCGUGGCUGGUGCAUCGUCGGGAAGAAGCAGACGUGUCCAUACUGCAAAGAGAAGGUGGAUCUCAAGAGGAUGUUCAGUAACCCCUGGGAGAGGCCUCAUGUCAUGUAUGGGCAGCUGCUGGACUGGCUGCGCUACCUGGUGGCCUGGCAGCCGGUGAUCAUCGGACUGGUCCAGGGCAUCAACUACAUCCUGGGGCUGGAGUAAGGGCAGGCGGUGGGGAGCCGUGGAGCCACGAGAGGACACGUGCCCAGGGCAGGGGACAGCAGCUGGCUGGAAACGCUGGCUUUUCUCUGUCACUUCUCAGGACCUCAGCCGUCCCCAAGGACUGCAGCACUGGGGGCCGAAGGAGGACUCUGCCCUGAGGCCCCUCCCACUAGGGCUGGGGGAGUCUUUUUUUAAAAAGCAAUUAUUUUAAUGAGCAUAUUGAAAACUUUCUAUUGCAGCUGAAAAGAGACGCUUGUCCCGUUUCCCUGCCCCAGCCCCUCUCUGGCCCUUCACAUGGCCCCGGUGUGCUGAGCGUUUGACUGGGGGCUGUUCUCCAUCUCCCUCUCCUGCUGCUUUGCCGGAAGAGGUGACAGGGAGAGGGCUGAGGCUUUGCCAGCUCUGACGCUUGCUCCCCGGAGCAGCCUUCCCAGCAGCGAGGAUGGGACAUGGGGAAGCAGGGUCGGGGCUGGGCCCCUCUGCUGCGCGGGGCUGCAGAGGAGAGGCUGCCUGCGGGGGCUGGAGCUCAGCACCCUGGAAGAGGGGACAGAGGGACACUGCUGCCCUGGCACUGACUGCCAUGGGCCAGACUCUUGGCUGCCAGGUCCCUGGUGCCGUGGGUGCAUGGGGAGUAACCGAGCCCCUCUCCCGCGCUGUGGUGGUGGGCUCUGCCUGUGCCCUGCCUCAGCUAACCCUUUUGUACACUCCCCCUUUUUUCUAUAUUCCUGCCUGGAAGCUGGUGGCAUCACCCAGCUGCUGCAGCUCGGGGACCAGCCAGGGCACAGAGCGUGCUGUGCCGUUUCUUUCCCUGCACCUCUUUCUGUGAUGGUGACGGUAUGUCAAGAGCAGCCUGAGAGUGGGUUGCCCCUGCCCCAGGGCGCGGGGGAUGCCCCGCUGGGGAUUGCUCUUUUUGGCGCUGUAAUAAAAGGGAUCGAGCAAAGGGCGUGGGCAGGGCUGGGCUGCUGCUGGUGUUUCGCCAUGCCAGCACAAGGAGCCGUGCCCCCAUCCAUCUUGUGCGAGGGGCUUUGGGCUCAUUUUUUGGCAGCGGGUGAGUACAGCCUGUGAUGGCAGCAUGUGGGAGCAAGGUGCUUGACCCCAGGGCCAGCUGUGAGGCUCUGGGGGAAAUUGGGAGCAUUUUGGGGGUGGUCAGGAGCCAGCCCUCUCAGCAGUGUGAGGGCUUGAGCUGUGUCCCGUGAGGGUGCUGGGGUCUGACGGAGACACAUGAGGCAGCGUCACCCCCGUUCCUGGUGUGAGGGACUGUGCCACGUUGUGCAGGGGAUUUGGGAAGUGGCCACAGUGGCAGCUCGGCUGUGGGUGCAGCGUAGGCUGUGUCACCCAGGGGAGACCUGGCGUGGCUGCGCCACAUGCCCCGCUGAGUCCUUUUGGUUUUCUUUGGGGUGAAACCACAUCACAAUGUUGUGCCAAACACAGAAAUAGAGUCCUGGAAAUGGA